AUGAUAUGCGUGGAAUGCGGUCAGCCCGUGAACGACUUGCAUCAUCAGUUUCGAGGAGCGGGGAUCCGGUUGACCAGAUGCGAGUACUGCGGUUGUGUAGCCGACAAGUAUGUUGAGCACGAGCUUGUUAUCAUCUUCCUGGACCUCGUCCUUCAUAAACCACAAGCAUACAGACAUGUCCUGUUCAAC